AAACACAUGCAUCACCAGAAAAGAAGAAAUACAUAAUCUGUCAUUAUCAUCAGCAUCCAUCGAUGCUUUUUUGCUUUGAGCAAAAUAAAUACACCAGCUCGUUACGCUUGCUACGCAAAGAUUGUGAAAAUUCGUCUAAGCCGUCAUUUUUGUUAUUAAAUAAUACGGAUAGACAAAAUUCUACACCUAUAGUGGAUUUGGCUUCCACAAAUCCGGCGCAUGUUAGUCAGCGGAGGCCGACUAUUUCGUGCCGGAAGACUUUUUAUAUUUCUGGUCUGCCACCUGCAGAACCAAAAAAAUGCAACAACAGUGAAGUGCAGUGCAUCUCUGGGCAGAUCACUCUUGCACCACUGUGCCGAGCCGCGCAAGGCUCUUGUACCAGAAUCGUCACUUCUCUCGUUUGCCGCUUCUAUCGUUCGCCGUCUCCACUCAGCAACAGCAGCAUCAGCAGCAGUGCAGUGCCAGUGCCAGUGCUAGUGAAGAUGUGUAGUGCAAGUUUGUGAAUAAUAGUAUGACAAAAAUAAGUUUGUUAAAAUUAAAAGGUCAUACAAUAGUUGUACAUAGAGGCAAUAGUAAAAGGGGUAAAAGCCCAAAUAAAAAGCAAAAAGAUUUGCAUUUGCCGUUAAUAUAUUAAAAUAAUUUAGUUGUCAUACAUAUAAAAUAAUAAGAAACGAAAAAGAUAACGAAAAGUAAAGAGAAAUAUCAAUUGUGAUUUGGCACUUAUUUUUUUUGCGCUAUUUUUUUUGGUUUGCUUUGUUUUGUUUACCAUUCUUGCCCU